AUGUCCUUGUAUCGGGUACGGCCUCGCGGAAGAGUGGCUGGAAACAGCCCGUGUGCGCUAGCCUUCCCUCCUCUCUCCCUCUCUCUCGAAUCAGCUCUCACCUCCCACACCGCGCACGGCGCAGCGGCAUGGGAGGCCGCCUACGGCCUGCAGGGCGUGUCACCCCUUCCCCCCGCCGCCGUCGCGCUACCGCCCAGCGUGCCGCCCGCGCCGCACCUGGAGGCGUGCAGCGUGCGUUCCGCGUGGCGCCACAAGGUGGAGAAGCGGGGCGCGCAGGGGGAGGCGCAGGGGUGGGCGCGGGGGGCACACCCGCAGCCACCGUGGGUGCGCGGGUCAGAUGCAAGCAACCUGGGGCGAACGCGCGAGGCACAGAGGGACAUCUGGCAGCACCAGUUCCCGGCGGGCGACUGUACCACACAGAGGCUGCUGCUCAUUGAGUGGCCGGCGUCGCAGCAUGGGUUGGGGUCGCAGCUGCACAUCAUGAGCGCCGCUCUCAGCCUCGCCAUGCAGCACUCUCGCGUGCUCGUGCCCACCGCCUCCUUUGACCGCGCCAACCAUGCCGAGUGCAACGCUACUGGCGCCCUGGCGUCCUUCCACUGCUAUUUCUUCCCGCUCGUCUCACCACACUGUGAGAGGGCAGCAGCGGAUGCAGCAGCAGCAGGGCAGGUGGGCGAGUGUGCGUCGCACGAGCCGCCAGCGAGGGACGGCGUGCUGGCGAGUGAGAGGCGCGUGGUGUGCUUCCAUGGGGAGCCGUACAGCGCUCUGUGGCUCGAGGCUGCCAUGGCCAAGCGGUGGUGGGGUGCAUGGUAUGAGCGGCCCAACACAGUGGAGGUGAAGGGCAAGAUGGCGGAAGAGGCUGACGUCAUGCCGCAUGUGAGAUGGCAUGCCGCAUACGCUCCGCACGCCCUUCUUCCCACCUCCGCAUGCCUCUCUCACGCCCCUCUUUCCAUGUCCCCACGCCCCUCUUUCUAUGUCCCCACGCCCCUCUUUCCAUGUCCCCACGCCUCCCUCUCGCUCUGCCAGGUGCACUGGUGGCGGGCACAGUCGCUGCGCUUCAUGCUGCGCUGGCCCUCGCCCUACCUCUGCCACCUCACCAACCGCCUGCGCCACUCCUCCCUCUCCCUCUCCAUCGCCUCCCGCCUCUCCUCCUCCUCCGCCCUCCAAUCCUCCCUCCUGCGCUCCCACCCUCACCUGAAAGAGACAUUGCAAAGAAAUGCUCCCCCCUGCAGCUCUGCUCGUGCUACCAGUGGUGGGGAUGGUGGUGCCAGCAGCAGCAGGAGAAGGUUGCUGGAGAUUGUAGACACGAGCGCAGCCGGUAACACGAGCGCAGCCGGUAACACGAGCGCAGCUGGUAACACGAGCGCAGCCGGUAACACGAGCGCAGCUGGUAACACGAGCGCAGCCGGUAACACGAGCGCAGCUGGUAACACGAGCGCAGCCGGUAACACGAGCGCAGCCGGUAACACGAGUGCAGCUGGUAACACGUGUGCAGCUGGUAACACGAGCGCAGCCGGUAACACGAGCGCAGCCGGUAACACGAGCGCAGCCGGUAACACGAGCGCAGCCGGUAACACGAGCGCAGCCGGUAACACGAGUGCAGCCAGUAACACAAGCGCAGCUGGUGACACCAAUGCAGCUGGUAACACAAAUGCAGCUGGUAACUCAAGUGCACCUGGUAACACAAGUGCACCUGGUAACACAAGUGCAGCUGCUGAAACGGCAGACGGAGGAGGCAGCAGCUUUGCAGCAGGUGCAACAGAAAUCCCAAGCUCUUCUCAAGAGAGCAGCAGGGUGUUCCCAUGGCAGCAGCAAGGGCAGCAGGGCAAUGAGUGGGGCGGGGAGGGGGCGGGGGAGGCGUACCUGCCGCGGCCGAUAGUGAGCAUGCAUGUGCGGCAGAGCGACAAGGGCGGGGAGAUGGCGCUGCACUCGCUGGCCGCCCACAUGUGGAUGGCCUACCGCCUGCGCCUCGCGCUGCCCCACCUGCGCCACAUCUGGCUCUCCUCCGAAAUGCAGACGGUGAUAGACGAGGCGGCGCAGUAUCGCGAUUGGACCUUCCUGCACUCCAGCAACGCGCGCACCAACGUGUCGGUGCCGCACUGGGACGUGGAGGAGGCAGCGGGGCGGCACAUGGUGGUGGGCAGCAGCCUCGCGGAGCUGCUCACUGCAGCGCAGUGCGACUUCUUCAUCGGGGCGCUGGGGUCCAACUGGGUGAGGAUGAUCAAUGAACUACGCUCCACCAAUGGCCGCCUGCUGCAUGGAUUCAUUGCCCUCAACAUACAAGAGUUUUGA